UCCAUCCACAUCAUCGAUCACGUGAUACACUGCAUCACGUGACACACCACAUCACGCACCACACCGCAUCACGCACCACACAGCACCCAUCAUGUUCAUGCAUCUUCAACUAGACGGCAACGAGAGUGUAUUCUAAGGAGCGGACGCGGAAGUUACUGAGGGGGCAUUGUCAAUUGCUACGAACAGUCCUCAGCGGACGCCAGACUGUCUCCCUCGUUUUCUUCCACUGAUGUGUACGCGAACGAACGCCUGUCAACACGAAGCCGCCAGGACGAUCGGCACCACACCACCAAGUCACCGUCCAUUACAGGUCAGGCAAAAGCCAAAAUCAACUCGAGCGGCGGCGCAAGCGCGCGCAAAAACCAACCCCACAUCCAGCGGACGGGGACUGCUUUACAAGAUAAACAAAACCAGCCGUACAAACAGGCGCAAAAAUGUCGACUUUCAACAACAUCUACCGCCCGUAGCGCGCGCCCCUCGCGAAGUGCGCGCUGCGGGGAGAGGUAGGAGGAAAGACAAACGCUCGUUAUCAGUCAGCACGCCGACUCCGAGUCCCACCAGCAACAGCCACGGCGGGUCUUGCGAUACAACCAAAGGGCCGGUGAUUGGGAAACGGACGAGUCGAGGAGUCGAGAGGGCGGCGAAAGAGCGAUUCAUAUCCACAUAUUGCCGGUUCGUGCACAGCACUGCCCUGCGUCUCUGCACUGCCGCGUACUGGCGUGCGCGAGGGGCCGGGUCCAACGGGCAAGCCACAGGAGGAGCGGGCGCGUCGCGCGCGCGAGGAGCAGCAGGGGAGAGUUCCAGGGAGUGCGGGAGAGGAUCGGGCGUAAGGGACCUCGGGGACAGACUGACCGAAGAGAGAUUCAACGCAUGCGUCGCUGCACUCCAACACAACUCCUUACUAUCAAGAAAAAGGAGGGGGAGUGAGGUCGCAUAACUCGUGAUCGGCUCCUGCUAGACCGACCUUGUCUCGUGCGUGCAUGUGAGAUUGGUGGGUUGACGGGCGGUCUAGCCGGGGAUACACGAGGGGUCUCUCAACGCGUCGCAAAAGAGAGCAGUAACAGCGCAAAAUGAACCAAAAACAAAUCGGGUAUUGAGGGGGAAAUGUGUGCACCAAGCCGCGCAACGCGAAGAAGAGCAAAGCUCAUUCAAUCCGCGCGUCUCCGCGCCAGAGAGCGUAUUCGCAUCACCUGGCGCAUCAUCGAAUUCGUGGCAUGGAACUUCAAGGACCAGAAUAUGGUCUGAGCAAUUACGGCUGCAGUCGCAAUGUCA